GCUGUGACUGUCCUGAGCAGCCUGUGUACUCCAGCCAUCUCCACCAUGAAGUUCAUCGGCAGCCUCCUUCUGCUCUGCACCAUGGCACAUUUCUGCAGCAGCUCAGAAGUUGCUAGUCUACCUUUAAAAACAGUGGAUUGCAGCAUCUAUAAGAAGUACCCAGUGGUAGCCAUCCCUUGCCCCAUCACAUACAUGCCAGUGUGUGGCUCCGACUACAUCACCUAUGGGAAUGAGUGCCACUUGUGUAUUGAGAACCUGAAAAGUGACGGGAAGGUUCAGCUGCUUCAUGAAGGGAAAUGUUAACUCUUCUGUGGGCUCAGCACCAUCUUCAUCACCAAGCUCACCUCAACUUGGCUGAAGCUCUGGAUGGAGAGAACCAUCCUCUUUGUUGAGCAGAGAAAAUUUUUGUGCCCAAACUCAUGCCUCACUGAUUAACUUCUUUUUGCACCUCAAUAAAAGA